AGAAGUUUAUUUAAUAUGACGAGCACGUGACAAACUCUUACGUUUCAUGGAACUGGGUCGUGCAACACACACGAACUGCAGUGUUACCACUACUGUUCACAUGCUCGAUGUCAUUAGAUUCAAACUGUUCGGGCUCGAAAAGUUAGUUAGUUGAAAAAACAGUUCGUGAAAGUGGAUAACCUUUGUAAAGUGUAUUCAGGUGCAUCGUUCAGAGUUUAGGAAAUAGAACCGAUACGGUCAAGUGAAUCAAUUUUAUAGACAUCAACGAACAAAGAAACUAAUGCCUGAAAAUUUAGUGUUACCGAUACCAAUUCUGUAACCAGGAAAUAGUUCGGUAUUUAUAAGGACACUCAGGUGACCACCAAAGGACGUAAAAGUCACAACAAACACUCGUAGUUUAAACAACAAUGUUUAUCUCCUUCGUAUUUAUGAUGCCGUUUCUGGGUUCAAGAGGACAAGCGGAAUCAUUAUCAAAAGCUCUAGAAGCUGAUGCUAGUGAUGUCACUUGGGCUCAUGCUGUAAACAGCCGUCGAGAACUGGAAAGUUACCUGGCAAGUGACGUUGCAUUUUUGGAAGCUGAUGUUUUGUUAGGACACGUAAAAGGCAAAGAGUCCAGUCCGGCCGUUCCUAUUAUGGCUCAUCCUCCCUUGAAUACCUCGGAUAUAACUUUGGAAGAUUGGAUUGACACUGUCAUAGCAAGUGGAAAACGAAAGGGCGUGAAACUUGAUUUUAAAGUACUCGAUGUUUUGGAAGAAUCAUUACAAAUUUUGGAAUCUCGAAAAGAAGAGCUUCAUCAACUCUGGUUGAAUGCUGACAUUCUUCCCGGACCAGUUGAUGCCAACACACAUCCUGUUAACGCCAGUUCAUUUCUGUAUUUGUGCAACCGAUACUUUCCCACAGCUACGCUCUCUGUAGGAUGGACAACACAGUUUAAACCUAACGGCACUUACCUUUGGAAACACGUCCACCAGAUGGCGGAAUUGUUAAGAUGUACGGGAAUCAAUCAGUCGGUUACAUUUCCGGUCCGUGCUGCAUUUGUCGGACUCUCUCUACACAAACUACAAUGGCUCGUAAGCGUUGUCCAACAUUCGACGUUGACAGUAUGGAGCUCCUCUUGGGAUGCUGUAGAUGUCAAAGAUCUACUGAAACUACGAACUUUACUCCCGAAAUUGAAAGUCUUUUACGACUUGCCUGAGCCUUUAUACUCUUCUUUUCAACACAAAAAAGACUCGACGAAAGAAAUUCAAAAAUUGUCCACAUUUGAUGAAUCAAGUUGGUUUAGUGUGCGUUUGAAUAAGAAUGAAUCUAACUGUAGAUCAGACCCAUUUAUUAGCCCUCGUACUGUUUUGUUCACAGGAAACAACAUGUUUCCAUACAUCACGAAGAAUACUUUUGAAGUUGAUUCCUACACUUCGCUAGAGAUUGGCUGUAAACUUAGUUAUUUUACAACAUAUAAAUCAACUAAUUCAAGAAAUCACGAACAUGAACCUCCCAAUUUAAAGUUUUUACUGCCCGGAAUCAGAUCUUACCCUGUAGUAGCAGCUGAUAACAAAGAUGAAAUUAAAGAAAAUGAACAAAAAACUUUACUUUCUGCUUCAGUGUUCAGCUCAGAAUUUAAUAGAUCAGAUUUAGAAGAAGUAUGUCACAUCGUGUCAAUAUUCGUAAAAACUGGAGUUAAAAUAAAGACACGGAAAGUGUCUUGUGAAUCCGACGAGAUCUCUGUUUCCUCUUCAUCUAAACAGCUAAUCACGACUUACGAAACUUCCUUUUAUGUUUCCCAACCAAUAGGAAUAGGUUUUGUGUUUGAAGGGAAAAGUUCUGAUGGUGUAGCUUUAUAUGAUGUAGAAGUAAAAGGCAAACAAACUGGAGUUAAUUCUGCUGUUUAUUUUCAACUGAAGUCUGUUGUGUUUAUGAUUACCUUGUUGUGUACUAUGACACAAAGUUUUUGAAUACGAUAUUAGUAAAAAACAGAUUAUUUGUAUGAAUUAAUAAGCCCAAAUUAUGUUAGUUGUAAAGUUUAUUCAACUUCACCAGCAGAAGAAGAACAUCACAGAAAACUAAUGUAAAUAUGUAAUAAGAAAACAAAGUUGUAUUGUAUGUAGAAGAUAAGUGAUUUCAUACAAUAUUGUUGUUAUAACAAACAAAAACAUAAAAUUACUCAACAUGAUGCAAUAAGUGGACAUCACCGGUAGAGAAUUGCAUAAAAGUAAAUCGCUAAUUUAAGUUUCAACUUGUCCAGGAGCCUAUAAUAUAUAAUAAACAAAAACAAAAUAAAUUAGUAACUAAUAAAUAAUUGAAAAAUAGGUACACAACUUACCUGUUUGUAUCACGAGAUUGAAUGUAGGCCUAAAGAAAGUACUAGUUUACAUAAAAUGUAUAAGGUUUUUUUUUCAUUUCUUACUGAAAUAGGCGGCGAAACCAGGGUAGCCAUAGGGACACGUUUUUACCUUACUUUUUUAGCAAAUUAGAAAAGUUCCUCUCUUCAAAAAAUAAAAAUUGUUACAUUAGAAACAAAAUAAAAUUAGUAAAAAGCAAGUACAGCCUAAAAAUAUAAAAUGGGUUGGAGUUUCCAGCAUUUUUAUUACUGAAAUAUCAGUAUAAAUGCGUAAGGUGCCGCUAGUGCUUCCGCCGCCUAUGUUCACUGGACGUAGAAAAUUACUUUUAGUUUGAACUGUACAAAUCCUGUAUUGAAGUAAAAUAUUAAAAUUAUAAUUUUCCCAAAGAAGAUAAAUUUUAUUGACCCUUACAUAAUAAAUUUUUUUUGUGUACCAUAUACGGAUGUUCCCGAACAAUCAGAAUACCGUAAUCACUUUUAUGUCUGGAGUCGUAUGGCAUGAUUUGAACUUUUACUGUGUUUUAGUGCCUAGAAAUAAAGAUUC